CCGCCUAAGUCCUAAACACAAAACUUGAAAAGAUAAAACAAUGUCUUUUAAGCUCUUUGCCAAUUAUCUAUCUCAUUCAAUUUCGAAGCAAAGAUGUUUUUUUAUUUUUUUUGUUCUUGUCUCCCUACCCUUUCUCGUGUUUGUCCUUUCAAUAAAGUAUCAAAAAUUUGAUGUUCAUGAGAACACAAAACCAUCUUGGUUUGAAGUUAUAGCACAAGAUUUUAAAAGCAAAACAAAGAUCAAGAUAGGUCUUGUUGACAUCAAUCCAAGAUCAAUCGGUGAACAAUUAGAUGGAAAUCGAUCACGAGUAGACAUUGUACCUAUUCAUUUUGACCGUGUUAGCGAGAAUUUGAAAUGGAGUGACUUUUUUCCAGAAUGGAUUGAUGAGGAAGGAAAACCGGACGAGCCUAAAUGUCCAAACAUGCCUAUGCCAAGUUUGGCGAAUUACAAAGAUCUCGAUGUUGUGAUGGCUAUGGUUCCAUGUAGGGAGGAAUCCAUGGAGGAAAAAGGAAUUAGAGAUUUGUUCAGGUUACAAGUUAAUUUAGUGGUGGCUAAUUUGGUUGUGGAAAACAAGUGGAAAGAAAAGUCGGAGAGCAAUGGUAAAGAUAUGUAUAUUGUGUUUGUUGGGUCAUGUGGUCCUAUGGUAGAAAUUUUCAGAUGUGAUGAUCUAUUGAUGCAUCAAGGUGAAUAUUGGGUUUACAAGCCUGAUUUGAAUAGACUUAAGCAAAAAACCCUAAUGCCGGUUGGUUCAUGCCAAAUUUCUCCUGGUUAUGCAGAAUCAGAGAUAUGGAGGAGUUAUUUGUCAUCAUUAUCAAAGCAUAACAAGAAAGCUCCAAAGUUAGCCUAUGUAACAGUUCUUCACUCUUCAGAAGCAUAUGUUUGCGGUGCAAUAGCUCUUGCCCAAAGCAUAUUAUUAACUGGCAAAAACAGUUACAUAUUUCAACCCAUAGAUCUUGUUCUCCUGGCUGAUGAUUCAAUAGGCCCCAAAUCCAUGAAGGGUUUAAGAGCUGCAGGAUGGAAAAUCAAACGCAUUCAACGUAUCGAAAGUCCCUUUGCCAAAAAAGAUGCAUAUAAUCGAUGGAACUAUAGCAAGCUGCGUAUUUGGCAACUCACUAUGUAUGAUAAAAUCAUCUUCAUAGAUUCUGAUUUUUUGGUAUUGAAGAACAUUGACAAUUUCUUUUUUUACCCGCAACUAUCAGCUGCACCUAAUGAAGAUGUAAUAUUUAACUCUGGGUUGAUCGUAGUUGAGCCAUCCCAAUGCAUGUUUGAGAGCAUGAUGAAUAAAACUUCCAAGGUGAAACCAUAUAAUGGAGGUGACCAAGGUUUCUUGAAUGAAGUAUUCACAUGGUGGCAUCGAUUGCCAUCGAAAUUAAACUACAUGAAAUCAUUUAAGCAAGUAGGUAACAAUCAUAAGCACGAGGUCCCGAAUGAUGUGUAUACUUUACAUUAUCUGGGCUUGAAACCAUGGAUGUGUUAUAGGGAUUAUGAUUGCAAUUGGGACAUGCAAGGUUAUGAUAUAUUUGCUAGUGACUCAGCUAAUGAAGUAUGGUGGAAAGUUUAUGAUACUAUGCCAAAACAUUUGCAAUCAUAUUGUUCCCUUACAAAGCAAUCAAAUGAAAGAAUUGUCAAGAAUAGAAAAAUAGCAAGAAAUGCUAUUUUCUCUGAUGGACAUUGGAGAAUUGAGGUUAAGGAUCCUAGAAGGUUGAACUACAUAGAUUAGAUUAUAAUAAC